AUGACCGAACACCGUCGCAAGAAUUUUUUCGAUUUUAGACCUAACGGUAACGACCAGGUGGCUGGCGAAAUCAGCCUGCAAACGUGUCAGAUUCGCCGACGAAACUUCGGUCCAAAGCGUAGACGAGACGAACCCAACAAUACCCCAACAGACACCCCAAGUGGCGAAGAUCAGGAAGAACGAAGGAUAACGGGAUCCACGCAUGCGUCGCCCAACGCCGUCACUCAGGAUGAAGAGUUGCGAUGGGCAAACUUGAAGACUGUUAUCCGUGGUGAAGAGUCAACGUUGACAUACCGGGCAGCGAGAGAUGCGCGGAAGGCGGUCGAUCGCUUUGUUCUGAGUGAGAACGACGUGCUUUACCACCUAGGAACGAGACUUCUGAGAGGUGACCACCUGCAAGAGAAUCCAACACUACGUCUAGUUGUGCCCACCACGAUGAUUCAAGAGGUACUACAAACCUGCCAUGACUCGUUGGAAGGAGGUCAUCAAAGUAUCGCACGAACCUUCUACCUGGUGAGAUUAGAUUACUACUGGGUAGGUCUAUACGCAGAUGCCGCAAGACACGUAAACUCUUGCCCCGGUUGUAGCUCGAGUAAAAACCCACCGAAGUUUCGCGGAUACACACCGGGCAACAUUUUGGUGGAGCGACCGUUUCAAAUCGUGUCUAUGGAUUUCGUCAUACCCUUACCGAAGUCUCAGUUAGGAAAUAUGGCGCUAUGUGUGCAUUUACCGGAUUCGUAA